AGGUUGCAGGGAAAGGAAUACACCGCAACAAGGACCGUUAAGGCCGUCUUAAAAAACAUUACUUUUGGUGGCAAGAAAACCAAUCCGGUGUGGACUUGUUUCGAAGAUCUAAGAAUUCGAGGUUUGUCUGGAGUUCGCUGUCGAUAUUGUUUAUGGAUAACAAACGAUCGAAGUCCAACUACUCUAAAGUUCCAUUUGAAGAGAAAACAUGAUACGGGUUUGGGUGGAAUUUGGUCGAAUGUUGAAGAAAAAAUUUACUUAUCACCGUCGAAUAUAAGUUUUCCACGAAUGAAGCUAAAGCCCGAAGAUCAUGCUCUCAGCCAUACCCCCUCUAUUUUUAUGUCUGCCUCAUUCUCAAUUUAUAAUGAUAUUUUCCAAAAUUCUCUCUUCACCCAUCCCCCUAUUUACAAAUCUUCUCUAUCCACCCACCCUUCUUAUAUUUUUAUCACCCUAUUCCCCCGAAACGAAAUAUUCUCUUCACCCAUCCCCCUAUUUUUAUAA